CCCAGUGACUGCAGCAGUGCCGGCUCCCUCCCGGUCCCCCCCGCCUCGGACCUGGGGUUCUAGUGGCUCCGGGGCGCCCUUUCUGCAUCUUAGUCUACUUCCUUCCUAGCCCCAGCCCCAGCCCCAGGGGACCGAGGCUCGCUCGAGCCCAGCAGGGAGCCGGCCGGGAAGCACAAUGGGGGCCUCUUCCGCUCUCCCUCUGCUCCUGCUCUUCGCCUGCUGCUGGGCGCCUGGCGAGGCCAACCUCUCCCAGGACGGCUACUGGCAGGAGCAGGAUUUGGAGCUGGGAACUCUGGCUCCACUCGGCGAAGCCAUCAGCUCCACAGUCUGGAGCAGUCCUGACAUGCUGGUCAGUCAAGACAGUCAGCCCUGGACAUCUGAUGAGACAGUGGUGGCUGGUGGCACCGUGGUGCUCAAGUGCCAAGUGAAAGACCAUGAGGAGUCAUCCCUGCAGUGGUCUAACCCUGCUCAGCAGACUCUUUACUUUGGAGAAAAGAGAGCCCUUCGAGAUAAUCGGAUUCAGCUGGUUAAAUCCACACCCCAUGAGCUCAGCAUCAGCAUCAGCAAUGUGGCCCUGGCGGAUGAGGGCGAGUACACCUGCUCCAUCUUCACUAUGCCUGUGAGAACUGCCAAGUCCCUCAUCACUGUGCUAGGAAUCCCUCAGAAGCCCAUCAUCACUGGCUACAAGUCAUCAUUACGGGAAAAGGAGACAGCCACCCUAAAUUGUCAAUCUUCUGGGAGCAAACCUGCAGCUAAUCUCACCUGGCAAAAGGGUGAACAAGAACUUCAUGGAGAACCAACCCGAAUACGGGAAGAUCCCAAUGGCAAAACCUUCACUGUGAGCAGCUCAGUGACAUUCCAGGUUACCCGGGAGGAUGAUGGGGCAGACAUCAUAUGCUCUGUCAACCAUGAAUCUCUAAAUGGAGCUGAGAGAUCCACUUCUCAACGCAUUGAAGUUUUAUACACACCAACAGCAAAGAUUAGACCAGACCCUCCACAUCCUCGAGAGGGCCAGAAGCUGUUGCUACACUGUGAGGGUCGUGGCAAUCCUGUGCCCCAGCAGUACCUAUGGGAGAAGGAGGGCAGUGUAUUACCCCUGAAAAUAAUCCAGGAGAGCGCCCUGAUCUUCCCCUUCCUCAACAAGAGUGACAGCGGCACCUACGGCUGCACAGCCACCAGCAACAUGGGCAGCUACAAGGCUUACUAUACUCUCAAUGUGAACGACCACAGUCCGGUGCCUUCGUCUUCCAGCACCUACCACGCCAUCAUUGGUGGGAUUGUGGCUUUCAUUGUCUUUCUGCUUCUCAUCCUGCUCAUCUUCCUCGGCCACUACCUGAUUCGGCACAAAGGAACCUACCUGACACAUGAGGCUAAAGGCUCUGACGAUGCCCCAGAUGCGGACACAGCCAUCAUCAACGCAGAAGGCGGGCAGUCAGGCGGGGACGACAAGAAGGAAUAUUUCAUCUAGGGUGCUUACCCACUUCCUGCACCCCUCCAGGGACCCAAUGGGGACUGCUGGAGCCAUAAUCAACUUGGACUUGUACAGAGCAACCCCAGGGCCACACCUCCUGCUUGCUCCCCAGUUCCCCCCCCCCAAACCCCUUGUACAGAAUAUCUGCUUUGGGUGCGGUUUUGUACUAGGUUUGGAAUGGGGAGGGAGGACGGCGGGCAGGGAAGAAGGGUUGCCCUCAGCCCCUUCUGUGGCUUUUUUGAGUUUGGGUUAUUAUUAUUUUUGUAUCAAUCCCAAAUCAAAGUUUUCUUCAGGCUGGAGGCACAGGGACCCUGGGGUGAAGAAAGCAAAAAAAAAAACAACAAAAAAACCUGGAGCUUUAAGAGGAGAAUGAGGGUGGAGGGGUAAGGACAGAAAAGGAGCAGGGCUGGUUUAGUAGGGGAUCUCACCAAACAUCUAUCCUGUACAACAGAGCAGCUUCCUGGACUUCUCUGGGAAUGGAGAAGUUGGGAGCAGGAGCUGGCCUUUCUUCUGCUGAUUGUCACAUACCUGGAAUUGUGGACAGAGACACAGGUGCCUCUCGGAUAUCCCUGUUCCACUUCAGUGGGAUCCCUGAGGAGAUGUGACCUGAAAAUGGCAUGCAGUCACACAGAGAUGCAGGGGUUUCACGUGGGGAAGAUGUGGAUCCCUGCCAGAGGGGUAGAUUUGGAGAAGAAUGAUGGCAGAGAUGGUCCCAUAUACCCUUAUCCUCAUGAUAUAUAAAGCAGGGCCUUUACACAGGACUGACCUUGAGGGAUAGAAGGGCAAGGCUGCCCCUUCUUGCUCCAGGAACUAUAGGGAAAACACUGCUCCAAGUCCAACUGCAUCUGCUUCUCUGCCCAGGGGCCCUCACUCUCACCCAGCCCCUGGACUGUUGUUGCUUGGCAGCUACUCCUCUUACGGCAUUAUUCACCAAAUCCUCCAACCCCUCCUAAUUCCUAAGUUACAGGUGGCAAACACAAGGCCCUCAGGCAGAAUCCUGCCCUCUGCCUUGUUUUAUCCAGCUUGGCACCUUGUUUAUACCAGCAGCAGCACCAAGCUCUUGCUUAACUGUGGAGGAGUAGUUAACAUUUAUACAGUCCCUAUAAUAAGCAACCUUGAAGCUGAUGUGUUCCCUGGUGAAAAUGAGUUUGACGCCCCUGUCCUAAGCCACCCCUUAGUACUUCCUCCCUUCCCCAGCAACCAGGGAUACAUAACCACAAAAAUACUAAAACAAACUUCACUACACUGAGCUCUUUCCUGCCUAAAUGAAGAAAAUAAUGUGAACUCUGUGUGCCUGUGUGCAUGUGUGCACAUCUGUGUGUGAGAGGCAGUGAGGUAUGUCCUGGGCAGGUAGGUGAGCUGUGGAACAUGUAAAGGUGAACCUUGGGAGCAGAGGAUUCCUAGGCAGCUUGGUACUACCCUGGGAGGUUGCUCUAUCCCAGCAUUUUCCAUGCCACCUCCAGUGCCCAUCUGUCAUGGAGAAAACAGUCCCAGGAUAUGUUUGUAUUUAGUUGUCCAUAUAGUCUUGCUCUAAAAUACAGAGCAUUGAACCUCUGCCUCAAUCUCCCUUCUUGGAGCUAUGGAGUCAGUGCCACAGUCUUCACUAUGCACCCCUCAGGCCUCUCCCUGGCCCUGACCCUGGAAUAACUGCUGUCACUUUUUCCCUGAAGUAUGUACCCAGUGAGCUGAGGAUAGCUGGAGUGAAACUUCCUCUCUCCUUUCCAUCUCCACCCCUCCUUUUGAUUUUCUGUCUUCCUUCCUGGCCUGAGCUGGCUGCCAUGGAGAUGAGUUGCUCACUUGCUCACUCUCUGUGUAGCCAGCUACCCUCUUUUACACCCAGGAUGCCCCUUGUCACCACUGUCACUCUCCUCCAGCAUGUCUUCCCUGUUAUAACAACCCAAGGGCAUCCAAAAUGGGGGCAGCUGCAUUCAGCAGCUCUGUCCACCCCUUCAAUUCAGGUAAUACUGUUGUGGAUCUUCUAGUAUCUGGCUAGAUUCCUGGGCACCACAGGCAGUACCCCUCUAAACCAAGGCUCCCUCCUCUUAAAGCAGCAAGGCACCCUAGGGCCCCAGACCUAUUGGUUUCCCUAUAUCCUUGCACCCACUUUGAGGAAAGUAACUUUACGUCUUUGAGCUGAAUCACUCUGUUCAUAUUACACAGAAGCCAUAUUUGUACUGGGGGUGGGGGAAGAG